AUGAAGCGGUUUCAGAAAGUCGUCAUGAUCAAAGCCUCGUUGCUAACUGCUGGCCACCUCGGCGCCCUCUGUUCAGCUCUCUCGGGGAAGGACCCUAACAAGCCCUCCAAGAAGAACAAGGAUGCCAAAGACGGAGCCGCCUCGCCGGCAUCUUCCCGCGAUGCGAAUCAGUCUCCCGUCUUGACGCCCGCCUCGUCCACAUCAACGCUCAACGACAUCCGAAACAAACCUCUACCCCUAGCAACGCCGGCUUCCGUUCGGGAGCUCUUUAUGCAGAAGAUUGACCAAUGUAACGUCAUCUUUGACUUCAAUGAUGCAAGCGCCGACAUGAAAUCCAAGGAGAUCAAGAGGCUUGCCCUCCACGAGCUCCUCGACUAUGUCGCCAACAAUCGCCAGGUUAUCGGCGAAGCAUUUGACCCAGAAGAGGAUGAGCCAGUGCUUGAGGUUGCCUGGCCCCAUAUCCAAGUUGUCUAUGAGUUCUUCCUCCGCUUUAUUGAGAGCCAAGAUUUCAACACCAACAUUGCCAAGGCAUACAUUGACCACAGCUUCGUCCUCCAGCUGCUGGAGCUCUUCGAUUCUGAGGAUCCGCUUUUGAAUCUGCGAUCCUUUAUCCGAAAAUCCAUCAACAACGUGUUUUUCCAGUUCACCUAUGAGACGGAGAGGUUCAAUGGCAUCGCCGAGCUUCUCGAGAUUCUAGGGUCCAUCAUCAACGGAUUCGCCCUCCCUCUCAAAGAGGAGCACAAGACCUUCCUCACCCGCGUUCUCCUCCCGCUCCAUAAGGUCAAGAGCCUCAGCAUGUACCACCCUCAGCUCGCCUACUGUAUCGUGCAAUUCUUAGAAAAAGAUGCUUCUCUCACUGAAGAGGUUGUUCUCGGACUGCUCCGCUACUGGCCCAAAGUCAACAGCACCAAGGAAGUCAUGUUCCUCAACGAGGUUGAGGAUAUUUUCGAGGUCAUGGAUCCUGCAGAGUUUGCCAAGGUCCAAGAGCCCUUGUUCCACCAGUUGGCCAAGUCGGUCGCUAGCCCCCACUUCCAGGUUGCCGAGCGCGCGCUGUACUUCUGGAAUAACGAGUAUUUCUGCAAUCUCGUUAGCGAUAAUGUCGAGAUCAUCUUACCCAUUAUGUUUGCUCCCCUGUACGAAAACUCUAAGGGACACUGGAACAGGACAAUUCACGGAAUGGUAUAUAAUGCUAUGAAGCUGUUUAUGGAGAUCAACCCCCAGCUCUUCGACGACUGUUCCCACGAGUACACGGAGCAACAAAAUUCGGCGGCUGCGCGUGAAAACAUGCGGCAGCGAAAGUGGCAGGCUAUCGCGGAACAGGCAAACCAGCGAAGGCUAACCAACGGUGCCAACGGUCGAGGCCACUCGGGCUCCGUCUCCCGGCCCGGCGACGUCGAUCCUGCUUCUGAUGAUAACCAGAAGCGCCUAGACUCGUUAAAGCUCCAAGAUGGUGAUCGUAGAGAGCGCCUUCCCGCCCUCCACGAGAGGCAACAGUCGACAGGCUCCGCACGAAGUGGGCGAUGA